AAGGACAGAGCAGAGUAUGAGUAAGCUUUGUGCUGUCUGUUUGAUCGUCGUCACCUUUACGGUCGCUCAUGGUACCUUCAUUACAAGGAAAUUCACUGCAAAACCGGAAUUUGAUAAUAAAAUAUCCAAUAAUGACCUUUUACGACAAUACGGCUCUCAAUCGAUGAUCGAAUGUGCCCUGAAUUGUCAAAGAGAGACUUCGUGUACUUUUUUUGGUUAUAAUCCGAGUUUGAAUAAGUGUCGUGUUCACAAGAGAACCUUUACAUCCGGAACAUUGGAGGAGACAGGAUGGGAGUACUUUUUUCUUAACCGCCUCCCUGUAGAUUGUAAAGACCUGCAUGACAACGGUAACACUGAUACAGGGGUGUACAAAAUUUAUCCCUUUGAGGACAAUUCCCUCCCGAUCCUAGUGUACUGUGAUAUGAACAUAAUGGAAGGAGGAUGGACGGCAAUUCAGAAACGACAAGAUGGAUCCCUGAGCUUUGACCGAAAUUGGACAGGAUUAUAA